UCUCUGCCCAUUCGUCCCAUACCUUCCAGUUCUUUGCAUAUUGAUCAACACCUACUUGAUCAUCAACAUUGGUUUGUAAUGGCAGAGCUGGGACAUGGUCAGGGUCUUGGUAUGGCUACUUAUUGGAAGCAUGAUCUAUCUCUUCUAUGGCCGAUCUCACAGCUUACUGAACAAUGCGGUUUACACGACUUGUACCAGAAAACAACAGAUCAUCUUGCUUAAGAUUGGUGGUUCAAUGCAGCAGCUGAAGGGAGUCGAGCUCAAGCUUUGUUGUUGCUGAAGUAGCAUCGAAAGAGAAUUAAACAGUUUGGCACAAGAUUAAAAUACAUACAAGAACAUUUCAUGUACAUUGUUAAGUCAUUCAAAAUGUAUAUCUCUUAUAUAUGCCAAA